GGCUUGGUAUCGGAUAUAACACGAGAGUAAGGUGAUGAUGCUGCAAAUCGAGGUGGCUGGGAGUGUUUUGACGCUUUGACGACUGGGCACAUGCGGUCGUGGUUCCCGAGCAACGGGGCGGAAGGGGUGGAGAAGCGCUCAACGACAACGAGUAUACCACGACCCAAACCUAUCUCUUGCAGCCUUGCAGGGAGCAUACUGCAAGCGUUUGUUGUGCGACAAGCACGAGGUAAUCAACAGACUGAAUCAAAAACAACACUGUAGAUGGUGUACAAUAGAUACAAUUCACAAAGCUACAUUGACACGAAUUACUCGCCGCACGACAGCAAAGCUGCUUACGACGACGAAUACGAUAACCGUCCUGACUCUGCGCGUGGCCCUCCGACCAAGUCUGCGUCACUCAAAGAGGGCUCCAUGUUUGCCCAACAGCCUCAGCCAAUUGACAGCUUCAACACUCCCCCAAUGUCACGACCUGGCCCUCAGACAAUGUCCAAUGGCUUCGGUGCUGGAGCUCCCACAAAGCCCUCGUCAACCUCUGUUCCCAUCCAGCCUGAGCCCAUGCCCGAUCUCCUAACGCGUGCCUUUAACGAAGCCGUGCGUCCUUACACCAAUCGCGUCGAAGAGCUCGAGAAUGAAGUCGCCGAUCUCAAGGCUUGGGUUGAGCAGCUGGAAGCUCAGAGAAGGGAAGUCCACGCAUGGAUUGACAAGCGUGGCUUGAGACCUGAUGUUCCUCCAAGCAUCGCUCAACAGAUGGAUGCAUCUAACCCCCACAACCCCACUGCCGCAGCUUCAACCCUGAACGCACAGCUUGACCGCAAGAUCACCAUCGUCAAUUUUGAUCUGCACCGCCUUCAAGAUGACCUUAACGACUCCCUGCCCACUCCCUCCUUCAGCGCCUGCAUGCUCAAAUUCUUGCCCGACAUCAGCCGCCUGGCCGCACUCCCUUCAGGUCCCAAGUUUGCCUUUGACCUACUUCUUAAGCUAGGAGGCAACCUCAAUUCCCAUGGCGGUCUUGAGAACGGCGACGAAGAGGACCUGCGUGAGCGUAGAUCAUUCUACGCCCGUCUCGACGAGGCCAUGGUCGACAUCGUGCGUGGUCGUUUCAGAGAGGAAGGUGAAGGCUGGGGUGUGGCCAGAGAGAUCAAGCGCAUCGAGAAGACCGGCGCCUACCUACGCAAUUGGGGCGUAGAGCCCUACUUCCCUCACACUCUGGAUGUUAUGAGGGAUGCUUCUGGUGUCGCUGGCGCCGGCGUCUAUCAUGGUGGUGGCACUCCUCCUGCUUAUCAAUAAGCGGGUUUUCUGCCCAACGAGCGACAAGUCUCACGGCGUACUGGGUUUCAACGGGCUUUGCUUGCCUUUUCUGCUGACAAUACCCCCUUUCUGUUUCGAUUACCCUUCUGUGCUUUGCGCUGGCAAAGGCAUGGCGAUGACUGCACGAACUCUUCCCCCUUACUUAAUUCUA